AUGGCUUCUCUGUGUUCGUUCGGCGUUACCAGAAGGAGCCUCACGUGGAUAGUGUCAGGGGCGCCACGCCGAGAAUUUUGGUUUCGAUCCAGGAAAGAGCAAGAACCAGUGGUGGCAGAGGUCGUGGAAGAGGUGAAGAAAGAACCUGUCUUGGUGUGCCCACCCUUGCGAAGCCGAACAUACAUACCGCCUGAUGAUCUCCAGAGUCGUCUGGAAUCUCACGUCAAACAAGUUUUUGGUUCAUCUGUUCCUAGGAACUGGCAGGCCACCUCCUUGGAAGAUGGUCAUCUGAAGUUCAGUCUCUUAGCACAUCUGGCUGAUGACUUGGGCCAUGCAGUGCCUAACUCAAGGCUCUAUCAGAUGCGCAGAGUCAGUGAUGUUCUUGAUUUCUACAGUGUUCCUGUUCAGGAUCGAUCUAAAUUUGAUGAGCUUAUUGCCAGUGAUCUGCCUCCCAAUUUGAAAAUCACUUGGGGUUACUGA